AUGUCGCGCGGACAGGACGAGGAGCUCGGCGACGAGUUCUGCGCGGCGGCGUCGGUCUACCCCCUAAUUCAUGAGAUCCGCGUUGACAUCGUCGCGCAUAUCGAUACUCCGCUCACGUACGACCAGCUCGUCGCCCCAGACUCCACAUAUACCAUCAUCAGACCGCUGUGCGACAAGUACCUCGCCCUCCGCAACCCCAGUGUCGUCUUCUGCCUGCUCCUGAAUAAGGUCCAGUUCGUGACGGACUCGCACCAGAUCUCAAUCGCGACGCUCAGUGUGUCCCGCGCCAAGCUAUGCGAGAUUCUCGCCGUGCGCGUGCUGCGCGGGUGGAGUGAGCGGUCGUUGGCGCUCGCUACGGUGCUGCUUACGCCCUGGCCGCUCUUCCGUGGGGCUCCGGAGGAUGUAAUUCGCGGCGCUAAAGAGGACGGCGAAGAGGAGGCGCUGGACGACUCUGGGACGGCCCUGGAGAUGGCCAUUAUCUCGCAGAGCAAGGCGUUCAUCCGCUCGCCGUCGUGUCAGAAGGUCAUUGAGGGUAUUUGGUCCGGCAAGAUCGUUUACACCUCAUUAAACACUCAUGCACUCAUCCAGGAUAACUACAAGAAGCGUCCGAUCCAGAUUUACAACCCCCACAAGGCCCCCUUCCUCGACCACUACCGCCUCAAGGUGCCCAAGUACCGCGCCAUCCUCGAGUAUGCCAAUUUUGUCAUCCUCUUCCUCCUCUACUGCCUCACCAUCGAGCGGCUCGAUCCCGGGUACAUCAACAUGUACGAGGCUGUAUUCAUCGUGUACGCCCUCGCAUUCUCUCUUGACAAGCUCGCCGCCAUCCGCGAGCACGGGCUGAAGGUCUUUGCCAGUUCCAUGGUCAAUGGAUUUGACUUGGGGUUCGUCUUCAUCUUCGUGAUAUACCUCGGCGCGCGAGUGCUCGGGUCAAUGUGGCACAAUCCCAACGCGCUGGAGUUCGGCACCGACUUGCUGGCGAUUGGCGCCGUGCUCAUGUUCCCGCGCCUCGUCUUCAUGACGCUUGCAAACAAUCUCAUGGUUCUUAGCAUUCGCUCCAUGUUGACAGAGUUCUUCUUCCUGAUGAGCGUCGGGAUCUUUUGCUUCUUGGGUUUCGUGUAUGCGCUUCGCACGCUCAACCAGUCCAUCGGCGUAAAUCAGAUCUGCUGGUGGCUGCUCGAGGUGUUCUUCGGUCUCGACGCAACAGGCUUUGAGCAGGCUCACGAGUUCCACCCAUACCUUGGCCCAAUUCUCAUGGCAACCUACGGAUUCCUUUCCAAUACCCUAUUGACAGUCGUGUGCGUUGCUGUGCUCGGCAACACUUUCUCCGCCAUCAACGCAGAUGCCUCCGCCGAGUCCAUGUUCCGCAAGGCCGUCGCCACUAUCGAGGGUGUCAAGGCCGACAUGGUGUUCAGCUAUCAGCUUCCGUUCAACCUCCUCGCUCUAGUUGUUCUCUAUCCACUCAGCUUUGUCCUCAACGCUCGCUGGUUCCACAAAGUUAACGUCUUCAUGAUCCGCCUCACCAACCUCCCUGUGCUACUUGCGAUCGCUGUGUACGAUCGCCAAAAGUUCAACAACGAUCCUUCGUGGUGGGAGCAGCUGUGCGACUUUACCGACCACUACCUCGGGCGUUUGUCCAUAGCCACGGAGGGCUUGGUUGGAGCACGCAUGGACAUCUCAGCGGUAUUCGAGCUUGAGCGCGAAUACGGCGAAUUCUACAAAAGUUGGGAGCUCGACGAGGACGUCUUUGAUGACGACGAGUGCGACGACGAGUGCGAUGAGGAGGAGAACAUUGCCCUCGACGCAGGUCUCGUUUCGGGCAACGGCGGAACCAUCACGCUGUCGCCUUCCGAGGAAACGUUCCCCUCACUCGUUGGACAUCCGGCUCAUCUCCAGCGACAGCCAAGUCACAGCUCGCCUCACCAUCCCCGCCACGAGAGACGCCGGUCGUUUGGAGGUUCCCAGCUUUCGCAGUCGAUGUCGACGGCGCCCCUUCCACGAGUCCGGCGCAACAGUGGCGUUCUGAAUGGCCCAAGUCCCCUGGCGCGCAUCUAUACUCGCGACGACGUCCCGAUUCGGCGAUCCACCGUGGGAGUCGGCUCCCUGCCAGUGACGUCGACGUUGAGCCAUAUGUCAUCCUCGCCUCGACGAGCGACGAAGAGCAACGGGCUGCGGGACAGCACUGCCUCCAAUGCGUCGGCAAUGUCUACCAGUCUCAGCGUCAGCUCGUUUAACAGCGGUGACGGCCGUCCAUGGAAGAGCUCCUUCCAGCGGCCAGGCGUGGCGCCGAUCCAAGAGGUGUCGACACCAGUGUUGACGCCGAAGCAAGGCGAUGGUCUGGAACGUCCCGAGCUGGCACGCCGGGGUGCAAGCGUCCCCUUCCCCGAAGGAAGCGAUGACAGCGAGGCCAAACCCGAUCGCGGCCCUCGCAUCAAGUUUGGCGAGCUGCCAUCUGCACACCUGCUCCGCCGAGCGUCGAUGCCUGGCCCAUCGGAUCUACACGUGGAACAUGACGAGGAUGAGCCAUCGCCAGCGGCUCAGCCAACUCCUUCACCGACACCGAGCGCGAAGCAUGCGCGGGUGCCGGACUACGACAUGUCCCCGAGAUCGACCUCGCCCGUGGCGGGUACGAGUAUUUCUGUGACGAAGUCUCCGGCGACUAGUACGCCAGUGACGAAGACUCCAGCCGCAAAGAGCACUGCUACCAAGUCUCCUGCUACCAAGUCUCCCGCAACCAAGUCUCCGGCAACCAAGUCUCCGGCAGCGGGAACCCCGACGACGAGUAGCCCAGCCCUGGGCGCUGGGAGCGAAGGAAAGAUCGGCGGGAGCAGCAAGACCGCGCCAACUCCUCCAUCCCCUGCCUCCUCUCUCGCUCUGAUACCCUUCCCGAAGAAGGUCGUGCGUCCUCCUGGUCCUGGUCCGACACGAAGCGGGUCUACCACGCAGUCAUCUCCGACGGUCCCUCGCGCGAGCGGGACAUCAUCAUCGCGGCCGCUCCCCGCGCCGUCCCCACAUCUGAAGCCUCAAGCGCCCAGUGGGAAGCAGCCAAAGACAGCUUCGGAGCUGCUGGAAAGCAUGGAAUCGCACAACCAGCACAACGAGCACCGCAUUGAUGCGCGCUCGGUGGAGGCACAGCUCGCGGCCGUCGAAGCGCGGCAGCAGCGCAUCGAGGAUCUGCUCGAGCGCCUGCUGCACUGCACCGCGUCUGAGCGCGGGGUGGACAUUACACCUCGCCGUCGCGGGCAGGACCACGACACGUUCGACGACGACUUCUAA